AAGAACAAUUUUAUAGAACUCUUAUCGACUUUACAAGUUCAUACUACACAGCAGCUUCUCCACCAUCUCCCUACCAGGCCUCACUAUCGCCAAAACAAAUCCACAAUGCCCGACCCCAACGCCAACGCCACCGUCAACCCACCCCCCAACCCCGAGCCCAGCUCAACCCCAACUCCGACCUCCCCCUCCACCCCCGUCCCAGACUCCAUCCUGCCCCCAAGCUACCCCGCCACCAGCCCCCCGUCCUACACGGAGACUCCACCAGACCCCUCCACCUCUCUCCCCGCCGGCGCCCACCCCUGCCCCUCCUGCCUCGGCAGCACGCGCGGCCCCCCCUGCCCCCGCUGCCCGGAGUACCGCUCGAACGCUCCCAGCAGCAAGCGGUCCAGCACCGUCCCCAUCAAGGACCUGUACAAAGUACGCCGCGAGUCCUCCGCGCGCGCGCGCCAGGAAAGCCUGGCGGUCUCGAAAGCCUUUGAAGCGUACAAAGAGGGGUGCGCAGGGGGCGCGUAUCGCGGGAGUGAGCUAGCCUCGAAAUAUCGGGAUUGCAAAGCCAAGGCGGAGGCGGGCGUAGCACGCAUCGCGAAGGCGCUGCAGGAGGCGGAGCGGAACCUGCACAAUGCGACGCUGGUGGCGGGGAAUGCGGCGAAUGCGGCGGUCAAGGCGGGGCAUGAGAAGUAUAAGGCGGAGGGGGAGAAGCGGAGGGCGGAGAGGGAGAUGGUGGCGGCGAGGGAGGCGAUGCAGAGGAAGGGGCAGGAGGUGCUGAGGUGGGGGAAGGAGAAGGAGAAGUGCGAGAAGGAGGAGGUGAGGUGGGAGAAGGAGGCCCGGUUCUUGGAGAAGGAGGCCCAGGAGUGGGAGAAGCUGAGGCAUGAUUGGGACGUCGCGAGUCGCGAGGCGAGGCUGGAGACGAGGGAUUUGGUGGAGUCGUAUAAUCAGAGGGUGGCGAGGAGCCGGGCAACGCAGCAAGAGCGGAGGAGUACGGGUAACUCAGGUAGAUGAGUCUGUAUUAAUUCAUGAGGGUUAGCUCCCUCAAGUCAUCCAUGUUG